AUGAGGGACUUUCGUUACCACAUGCACAUUGUAGACGGGGGUGAUCCGACGAGCACAGUCACCGCCGCGACUUUGUUUGCUCACCUCACACUUCGUUGUGGGCAGUUGCGCAACCACUUGUUGCUCAGCGCAAGCACGACUGAUGCCAAGCGGCAACGGGAUGCGCUUCCGUCAAGUCUCAACGCAACACGAAUGGUGCAAUUAGCGGCAGCGGAGCCGUCCUCAGGCAGAAGCACGGAUGAUAAGAUUCUGCUCGCUGCGGAGGCACUUCUUCGUGGGGACGAAAACUUUCGUGCGAGUUUAGCCGUGGACACGGAGUGGAGUGGGCCUGUUGCCGAAGUGAAGGAUCGCAUUAUCCCAUACCCAUGCUUCAGCUGUGGGUUUGUUCAGUCGGAGGUCUUCCUCGCACGCUCUGGGGCGCGCUACUUUGACUUUAUUGCCACUGCCGAUGUUGCGAGCUUUAACUACUUGCUGAAUUACUACCAGGCGGUGCGUAUGCUUGAGGACGAGGAGGAACGGGCACGCAAGGGAAGUGCUCAUUCCGUCGGAUGGGACGAACAGCCAGAGGAACAACGACGAAGAAAGAAAGUGGGCAUCGUGCAUAUUCUUUGCGGAGAACCCGCGCGUGCGGGGCAUUUGCUUCAGCGAUUUAUAGAGCUGCUACUGGAAUUGGACGCCACGCCACGUGAGAAAAGUGCUGGAGAAGGGGCGGCGGGCAAUGAAGAGGCAUUUGCGUGGAUAAGCCGUGCCGAUGGCGUCAUAUGGCGGAUGUAUCAAUUGCUUGGUGUGGAUGUUCUCUUUGCGGUCAUGUAA